AUGGCUUCGAGUCCUCCAUUCCUACUGGAGGAUCAGACUGAUGAGGAUUUCUUUGAUAAAUUGGUCGAUGACGAUGACGACGACGUUGGUCUCAAUAAGGUUACUGCCACUUCAUCCGCCCCCGUCUUCACUGACGGGGAUGAAUCUGAUGAGAUUAAGGCUUUUGCAAAUUUGAGUAUCAAUGAGACAGAUGAUAGCGAGUUGAAUGAUACUGACAAAAUGGUCGAGGGUGCGGAUGAUUCAGGUAUCAAAGUUGGGAGUGAGCCAAAUGGAGAGGUAAAAGAGGUUGAUGGCAAUGGUGGAGGGUUCGCUAUGGUGGAGCAAGCUGUUGUGCAUGGCAGUAAUGGUGCUUUGCAGCCCGCAACGUCAUUUGAUUUUGGUACUUUAGAGUCAUCAAACUCAUUUGACUUUGCUAGUGCUCUUGAGGGUAAUCAAGAGACUGUUGGCACUGAUGUUUUUUCUAAUGGCAAUUUGAGUGAGAGUGAUCACACUGGAGCAAAUGGUAUCAAGCAGGUGCAGUGGAGUGCCUUCAGUACUAGUGGGGAACAGAUGGAUAAUUCCGGGUUUGGAUCCUAUUCAGAUUUUUUUUCUGAUUUGGGUGAGAAUGCUGACCAAUCAAGCGGCAAUGUGGCUAAUGAUAUUGGUUAUGAGGCAACAACUGUUUCUGGAAAUGAAUUGCCUGAUUCCAAUUACUCGCAAAGAUAUGGGAGCAAUCAUGAUGGUGCUAACUCUGGCACUGAUAGUCAGCAGACUGCUGGGAUUCAGGAUCCGAAUAGCAUCGAAUACCUGGAGAGUCUUUAUCCUGGCUGGAAAAUCGAUCGAUCUACUGGUCAGUGGUAUAGUGUUGAUGACUAUAAUGCGGGUGCAAAUGUUCAAGCCGCUGCUGAUGCUAGUUUAUCUGGUGAUUGGGCUACUUCUGAUGGAAAGACUGAUGUUUCUUACCUUCAGAACAGUGUUCAGUCUGUUGCUGGGACAGUGAAUGCUGGUGAUACUACUGGCAGUGUAACUAACUGGAAUCAGGCACCGCAUGUGAAUGAUACUUCUGAUUGGAAUCAGGUGCCACAAGGGAAUGAAACAGGUGCCAGUAUAGUAGACUGGAAUCAGACACAGUCCGUAAAUCAUGUAUACCCACCUCAUAUGGUGUUUGAUCCUCAGUUCCCUGAUUGGUACUAUGAUACAAAUGAUGGGGAAUGGUAUAAGUUGGAUACGUACUUUGCCUCAUUGCAAUCAGCCUCUGAAACUCAAAAUAAAGUUACACAGAUGGAUAGUAGACCAUUUGAAUCGUUGCCUGGUAGCGAUUAUAAAAACCAAUCAGAUAUGUAUGGACAGGUUGCUACUUCACAGGGAUUUGGUGCUGAAACCCCACAUUACGAUGGGGCUCAAUCUUUCGGCCAUUACAAUCAGCAGGUGCAUCAGGAAGCCACUGUCACGGCUAGAUCUAGUUCAGAAUACAAGCUAUCUCAGCAAUCAGAGAACCAUUUUAGGCCAAACUUUGGUGGAAGCAUUAAUGCUCAGGAACAGUUAUCUGGUGGUUAUUGGGGAACACAGUCGUCUCAUGAGCAAGUAAGUGUUGGGCAGAAUCAGUAUUCUGGAGGCUCACAUAACUUGGUUAAUGCUAUGAACCUCACCCCGCAAUGGAUUCAGCCUAGGAAUGAGCAAAAGCAACAGAGUCGUGUUUCUGGUGAUAUUUUUCCUGUGCAGAAUUCAGUUAAUUUUUCCCAACAUGUUCAAGGUGCCUAUCAUUUCUCUCCUGCUAUGCAGCCUGGAAGGUCCUCUGAUGGACGUCCUCCAUGUGCACUGGUCACAUUUGGCUUUGGAGGAAAGCUUAUCGUUGCUAAAGGCAGUAACUUUGUUGGAACCUCAUCCUUCGAGGGCCAGAAUCCUAUUGGAAGCUCAAUAUCAGUUCUCAACUUCAUGGAUGUUGUUGCUGAUAAUGUUGAUGCAUCUGAUUAUCUACGUUCCCUUUGUCGGCAAUCCUUUCCUGGUCCACUUUCUGGUGGAAGUACUGCCGUUAACAAAUGGAUUGAUGAGAGGAUUAGCAGCACUGAGUCUCCUCAUAUAGGCCAUGAGAAAAGAGAGGUUUUGAAGUUGCUUUUAUCUUUGUUGAAAAUAUCAGUACAGUACCAGGGCAAACUUCGUUCCCCUUUUGGGGCAGAUGUGGUUUUGAAGGAGAAUGAGGCAGAAGCAGCUAUUGCAAAGCUUCUUGCAUCCCCCAAAUUGAAUGAUACACAAUUUAGCGGUUAUGGUCCUGUUGCCCACUGCCUGCAGCAGUUGCCUUCUGAAGGGCAAUUACGGGCCACUGCUGCGGAGGUUCAAAUUCUUCUAGUUUCGGGAAAGAAAAAAGAGGCUCUGAAAUGUGCACAAGAUGGUCAACUGUGGGGACCUGCACUUGUCCUUGCAGCACAGCUUGGAGAACAGUUCUAUGUUGAGACUGUUACGCAAAUGGCCCUUAAGCAGUUAGUACCAGGUUCACCAUUGAGAACAUUGUGCCUAUUGAUUGCUGCUCAACCGGCUGCUGUUUUUACCGCUGAUGACACAGCUAUUAACAGUGUGCCUGGUGGUGUUGCCAUCUUGGUGUGUUGCGGUGUUCUUGAUCUUGCUAUCCUCGGUGAAAAGGGAAUGCUUGAUGAUUGGAAGGAAAAUUUGGCCGUGAUAACUGCCAAUAGAACCAAAGAUGAUGAACUCGUGCUUAUACAUCUUGGGGAUUGCUUAUGGAAGGAAAACAGUGAUGUUUUUGCUGCGCACAUGUGUUAUCUAGUUGCAGAAGCAAAUUUCGAGCCUUACUCAGAUAUAGCAAGACUCUGUCUUAUUGGUGCAGAUCAUUGGAAAUUUCCUCGAACUUAUGCAAGUCCAGAGGCUAUUCAGAGAACGGAGGUCUAUGAGUACUCCAAGGUACUUGGAAAUCCACAGUUCAUCCUUCUUCCGUUUCAACCAUAUAAGCUUGUGUAUGCGCACAUGUUAGUUGAAGUUGGCAGGGUGUCAGAUGCUCUAAAAUAUUGUCAAGCAGUACUAAAAGCACUAAAAAAUGGCCGAUCUCCUGAGGUAGAGACAUUGAGGCAAGUAGCUACCUCUUUAGAGGACAGGAUUAAAAGUCACCAACAGGGAGGUUUCUCCAUGAAUUUGGUUUCUGGAAAAUUGGGUAAAAUUUUCAACUUCAUUGAUUCUACUGCUCAUCGCGUUGUGGGGCUGCCUCCCGCUCCUUCACAAUCUAUUGGCAAUGUGCCAAGUACUGAAAGUCAUUUUCAAACGGGAGCUAGAGUAUCAACAAGUCAGUCAACGAUGGCAAUGUCUUCGUUGAUGCCUUCUGCAGUGGAACCCAGUAAUGGAUGGACAGAUAGUAAUAAAAGGUCCAUGCACAAUAGAAGUGUUUCGGAGCCUGAUUUUGGCAGAUCUCCCAGACAGGAUCAGGUUGAUGGAUCAACAGAAACAAGUGCUUCAAGCACACAGGGCGAAACAUCAAGUGCGGGAAAUUCGCGGUUUCGCCGUUUUGGCUCCCAGAUUUUCCAGAAGCUUUUAACCCCAAGAGGUGGUCGUCAGGCAAAGCUGGGCGACGAGAAUAAGUUUUAUUUUGACCAGAACCUCAAAAUGUGGGUUGAGAAAGGUGCUGAACCCCCAUCAAUGGAAACAGCACCACCUCCUCUGCCAACUUCAACUUUCCAGAAUGGGACAUCAGAUUACAACCUUAAAACUGCAUUAAAAAGUGAAGGUCCACCCAGCAACGGGAGCCCAGAAUAUAAGACCCCACCGUUGGAUCCGGGUGUAGGAAUACCGCCACUUCCACCCACAACCAAUCAGUACUCGGCACGUUCUCGGGUGGGGGUUCGGUCUAGGUAUGUUGACACAUUUAACAAGGGUGGCGGGAACCAAACUAACUUGUACCAGUCCCCUCCUGUAUCGUCAAUUAAGCCUUCCAUCAGUGCCAAUGCAAAUGCAAACGGAAAGUUUUUUGUUCCUGCACCAGUAUCCUCUAAUGUAGAUACAACUGAAAGCCAUACUGAGAGCGUACAAAAUGGUCAUAACAUUACUGAAAACCCCUCGAUCUCUAGUGCGGAGGUUCCGUUCCAGUCACCUCCACCUUCAUCCUCGACGAAUAUGCAGAGAUUUGGAAGCAUGAAUAGCAUUUCGUCUAUGAAGGCAGCAAAUCCUAAUGGACGGUUUGCAUCAAACUCACGACGCACAGCGUCAUGGAGUGGAGGUAGUUUUCCGGGAAGCUUUAGUCCGGAGAUUGCUGGUGGUGCUGAUGCCAGACCUUUAGCGGAGGUAUUAAAGAUGUCCCGACCAGCAAUGCGUUCUCCAGGCGCUUCUACAUUGAUGCACUCGUCUGGAAGCGGUGGGAGCUUUGGUGAUGAACUUCAGGAUGUAGAUCUUUGA